ACGCCUCUCUCAGCAAGCUUUGAAUGGCACCACCAGAGCGACACAUGUGGAGUCUUUGGCCAAUGUCUUGACAGAAACAUCUGGCCUCCCUCUUGUGCCUUCUGAGCUGACAGCAGUUGAAUCAAACACACUGGCUCAGUUCAGCAGGAACAGGAGUCCCGUCAGCACUCAACAUUUUGUCGUGGAUCUGUGGAGAAAUCUCAAGGAUGAAAAGUACAGUGACCAUGCGGCAUGCAAGACUUUCAACAGAGAUCAGAGCCUUUUAGGUUGAGUAGAAUGGCAUAACCAGAGAUGACCGAAGAUCUGGAUUUAUGACUGAGUAUGAUACAGCCAUUGUAUCAGCUAAGGAAGGACUGACAUUAGGCACCAGAGGAAUACUUUUCCCCAAAAAGUUCUCUCUAUGUUUGGUAUGAUUUAAGGAUAGUUAAUACACAUGUAAUAUUAUGCAAGAAGCUGCCCAUAAAUGACACUCUUCAUAUCCAAAAAACUGUUUUAUUUGUUUAUUUUUACCAGAAGUGAUAGUGUGGAGGUGUGUUGAUACUGGUGGAGUUAAACUGUGCUGAGUAUAUUUAGAAUCAGGUGUAUUCACUGCCCUCUAGUGUUUACAAUGCUGAAGUACAGCAGUAUAUUAACAUUAACAUCUGUAAUGCUAAUAGUUGUAGUUUCAAUAAGUCAGAAAAAUGUGAAAACUUUCAAAAUAGACAUAAGCCACUAAAAUAAAGCAAUCAGAAACAUUAACAAACAAAAACUGCUUGAUUUGUUUUAAAUGCACAAAUAAAUAAAUAAAUAAAUGUGAAUGAAUGUGCUUCCAUACAAGUGGUUUUGAAUUGUUUGGUUAAAAUGGUUUUAAUGAUGCUGUCCCUGUAGCUGCACAAGAACAUGGGAGCAGAAAGAAAAAUGUCAGUUCAGUAGAAGAGACACAUUUUAGGAGCACUAUCCAAAAUAUUACAACAAAAAUUGCUGUACUGCUUCAUGUCCUCUGGAGGGCAAACUGUCUUCAUACAGUGCAAGUAGUCCCCCGUAAAUAACUCGAAGAAGAAUGAGGAAACGCAGCGACUACAAAAAACUCUAAUAUAAAUCAGACCGUGAAGUUUCUAACAAACAUGUUCAGCCUAGACACUUUUGAGAGUCAGAUAUCUGCAGUGAUGGAGACUCUGGUGGCCUCCGCGGUGUCGGAGCUCCGCAGACUUCUGGACGAGUACUCGGCCAACGUUGUGUCCGCUCAGAGCUGCUCGGCGCCGGCUGUGAAGACCGAGGAGAGCGAAGUGACUGCGACUCUGCCGGAGGAGAGACAGCAGUUUAACGGAACUGUUACGAGCCACUUUGCAGCCCUCAUGGAGACAUGGACCAAAUGUGCGGUUGAAAAAAUAUCAAUGAUUGUGAAAGUGUCCAUAUGUGAAGCUGAAGGUAGUCGUGCUGCAGAUCAGAUGUCACGGCUGGAUGACAAGAAGAAACAGAGGAGUGUGAAACAGAAUGCAGGGCACAAAAAUCAAGUGGUGGUGAGAAGCUCUCGUCGGAAGAUAAAGAAAAUAGGAAAAGUGUGGGAUGACCAUAUAUAUAGCCAAGAGCGACAGACUGAAGAAGCAACAGAAGCAGCAGCUGACUCAGAGUCAGUGACUGAACCUGCUGAAGUAGCCACACAUGAGGAGAAUAACUCCCCGUCUGAACCUGACAUACGAGACUCUCAGGCCACGACAGCAGAGCAGGCCUCCGAUGCCAGCGAGGAGGAUGUCAUCCAAGAGGAUACAGACUCCACUCCAACUACCACAUCAAAGAUCAAACAUAAGGAGACUACAGGGCCAAUCAAAUGUCCCUCUUGUGACAAAACAUUUGCUCUGAAGUGUUUGAUGGAAAGGCACUCCCUGACUCACACCAAACCUCACCUCUGCUCUGAGUGCGGCAAACGUUUCGCUGGACUCCGGGGGCUCAUCGCACAUUCAAGGCGUCACACAGGAGAGAAGCUUUACAAAUGCUCAGAGUGUGGUACAGAGUUUGCUUACAAGUCCACCUUCAACAGACACAUGCGCCAGCACAGCCUGAAGAGACCUAGCACCCAUACAUGCACGCUAUGUGAGAAUCAGUUCGCCGGGGUGUUGGCGCUCCAGCGGCACAGAUGUUUCGCCCUGGAAAAGACGUUUGUCUGCUCGCUCUGCCCGGAGACCUUCAACUGCAGACAGAGUUUGGCUGAUCAUGAGAAUCUGCAUUCAGGAGACAGAGAUUUUGUCUGCGAAAUGUGCGGUGAGAGUUUCCUCUCGUCCUCGUCCUUGACCACCCACCGAGUGACCCACAUGCAGAAGGAAAACUGCUGCGAUGUGCUCGGCCUCGGAUGCAGCGACAUGAGCGUCCUCAAAAAACACCUGAGCAAACACACCGGAGAAAAACUUUUCACCUGCGAGGUUUGCGGGAAAGGUUGCAGUCACCGGAGCGCCCUGAAGCACCACAUGCUGACCCACACGGGGGAAAGGCCGUACGUCUGCGAGACUUGCGGCAAACGCUGCGGCCACGCGAGCGCACUUCAGAACCACAUGAGGAUCCACACCGGGAAGAAACCGGGGGAGCAGCCGGUCUGCGACAUAUGCGGCAAAAAAUUCCGCUGCACGGUCAAUCUCAAAUACCACAUGUACAUCCACACAGGGGAGAAGCCUUACGCCUGCGACCAGUGCAGUAAAAAGUUCAGCAACCCCAGCAAUCUCAAGGUGCACGUGUUGAUUCACUCAGGGGAGAAGAUGUACGGCUGCAACAUCUGCGGCAAAAGGUUCUCUCACUCCAGCAGCCUCAAGCUACACAGAGGCAUCCACACAGGCGAAAAGCCGUAUCGCUGCAGGGUCUGCAGGAAAGGCUUCCUAAACAGCGGCGAGUUCAAGAAGCAUCAAAGGGGUCACCAGCCACAGGAGGCAGGGGAUGGACAGUCUGAAAAAACUGCAGUGAAAAUCUAAAACGUUUCAUGCUGCACAGUCACUUCCUGUACUGAGCACUGAUAGAGAUUGUUGUGUAUACAUUUACAUACACUGGAGAUCGGCUUGGCAGUGUGAGGAUAAAUACUGUGAGACAAUAGAAAUUUGCCAACCAUCAAAUAUUUUUUCAGUCUUGUUGGUAUUGAGGUGUCUCCCCUUUAAUAUCUCUGGUUGUAUUAGACUAUUGCAGGCUUCAUUGCAUAUCAACAGAACUGUUUUAUGGCAAUAAAAGGUCAUUUACAGGAGUAAAACUUUCUGUAUCACAGUGCAAAAUUACAUACACUACAUGGCCAAAAUUUAAUGGAGACUCCAACAUUACACCCCUAUGUGAUUGUUGACCCUGUCAAUCCAAAACCAUGGGUGGUCAUGUGCAGCUACAACAGCCUUCCGUAAACUGUUAAUACAAAGUUGGAAUCACAUGGUUGUCUGAAAUGUUAUUUAAGAUUUCCUUAAGUGGAACUAAAUGAAGUCCAAACCAAGACCAAAAGUAUGCAAUAAUUUGUGGGCAGGGGUGUCCACAUACUUUGGGCAAUAUAGGGCUGUGCGAUAUGAUGAUAUAUAUAACGUGUGACGAGAGAAAAAUGUCUAUCGUUUAUAUUGUUGUGACGCAAAUUACACUCUUUACGGCAAUAUUUUUCGUCAUUUGGAGUCUGUCCAUCUUUUGCGUGGAUCACAUUGAUAAAUUACUCUUCUUGGCUUUUUACUAUUGCACUUACAGUAACAUAAUGAGUUUAGUUGUUGUCAACUCUCCACCGCUGUAUGUCUCUCCUCUGCUGCGCUGCGCACACACGGCGGGCUGAGAAAGAGCAGAGAAGCGGCGAGACGGCGACCAUAAGUGAAAGCAAAACGUGGUAGAGACUGUCUUUAUUUGUGUUAUUUAACCAAAUUUAUGUUCACUCUUUGAAUUUCAGCUAAGUGUGUGAGAGUCUCUGUUGUGUUUUGCUGUAAUUUAUGGUUGCACUAAAUUCUCCUCUGCUCUCUAUAGCCCUUUAGCCCGUAUUCAGACCAAAUCAGGUGGUGCAACCGCAGGAUUGAGCGGAGAUGUGUGGGCAUCUUUGUGCUUUUUAGAACGUAACCGCUGUGAAACAAUCAGAAAAUAAGGUUUUAUUGAUCUGAUUCAUCGGCUUUCUCAU